CUACAUAUGUAGUAAGUUACCCAACACCCGCAUAGGCGGGGAAAGUAUUGCACGCCUUUUUAUCUUUUAAAAAUUGACUUAAUAUUACUGGAAAACUAGACAGAAAUUUAAAAGUCCUACCAUGAGUCCUACCAAUGAUCUACCAUGCCUAAGUGAACAAAACACAAGUCAAGCUCAUAACUCUUCUGAAAUUCGACACAUUGGUUUCAAAACAAUGUCAAUGAAAUGAAGGAAAUUGGGUUUAUAUACAGGGUUUAAAGAUUGGAUAAAUAAUGCCUUAAAUAGACCUUUCUUAUAAUAACGUCAAAGGCAAGACUAACGAGCCAACCACCGUUCAUUUAAUACCAUGCUUUCUGAGAAAUAUAAGCAGGAUUAUAAGUUUUGAAUAGACAAUACAUUUUAUCAAAAGUCGCAUAAAGUAUCCCGGGUUUAUCGCAGGCUCUACAAAAUCAUUUUGUGAAAAUCCACUCGUAGUUCUUUAAAAAGUAGAACUUUGUGGCGAUUUGGAUCGAUUUUUGAUUUCAUUUUAACACAUGGUGGCACUUUAGGGGGAUUAUUUAUGUAGUAGACUGGAUUCCUGAAUCUAAUUUUAGUGAUACUUGUCAUAAUACUACUGCCAAUAUGUCAGCAUUGGCACCUAGUAAGGCAAGUAAGAAAAACCAAAAGCGUGCAGAGAAACGAGCCAGAGAGAGAGCUCAAAAAUUGAAAGAAGAUGGGGUUAUUGAUCGUCUUAUCCAAGAAAACGAUGGUCCUGUGGAUGAGAUAAAAGAAAAACAAGAUCCUGUUGGGAAACUCAAAGCUCAGUUGCAGGAUGCAAAAGACAAUAAAGAUCACAAAUUAGCAGCCAAACUACGAAAGGACUUGUGGAUGAUGCAAGAUCAAAUGGCUGGAUGUAUUCCACCUGGUGAGAUUGCAGAACACGAGGAGGAACCUACACCAGCCAUUGCUGAGGAUGAAAACACACCUGAAAAACAAUCUGAGAAGAAAUUGCGAGGGUUAAAGAAGAAAUUGCAACAAAUUGAAAAAUUGAAAUCCAAACAGGAUGAAGGAGAAGUGCUAGAAGAUCUUCAGAUUGCUAAGAUCCAGAGCGAGGAAGUGGUUUUGAAGGAGAUAGAUGAACUACAGGAACGUCUGGAACAGGUCGGAGUAACAUUGGAUAGCUAGGAAUGCGGAGUGAAAUUUUAUAGAUUCUAACAGGAUUCAUGAACAGCUAUCAUGUUUCCAGGCGCUGUCGCAAAUUUUUGGAAUCAUUCCUAGCGAAAACUGAUCGUAGUUUGUCACUACGAGAAGAUGGCUGACAAACAAUGUUUGUUUUCCUCGUUUUUCUGCAUUCCGAAACAUAGCAACCGUCUUCCGGUCAACCGCAUUUCUUCCAGUUUGAGCAUCUCUAAGAAAAUACGAUUGGAAGGCAAUGAAUGUUUGUAUGCCUUCAGAUAAACAUAACUGAAAGUUUUCCAUCUUGUUUGCUAAAAAAUAUUUCCUGGAUUUUCCACCUUUGGAGAAGAUAGCUAAGAAACGAUUUUCUCUGUUUUCUGAUUAGCUUCCUUAUAAAAACAUUUGCAAUGAAAAAUAAAACCAUAUUGUCUGGGAGAACUAGUGGUUACUAAAUAAAGAUAUGUUUUGGAGUAUCCUGGUUGUGUUUUGACUAUGCCGGAUUAAUUAACCAGAGAGGUAUAUGUGGUAGUUAUUUUCCUCAAUAAACUCUCGUGGUUUGUGUCUG